AUGGCUCGACAGCCAGUCAAGGUAACAUAUGCACAUAAACGUGGACGUGCAAAAGCUGCUGCGAAGCUCUUGUCUUCUCCACUUGAAGCCCUUCCGCCUGAUCGCGACGACAUCACGCGUUCAGAGAUGUCUAGGCGAAUGCUCAAGCGCUCUCGGGGUAUCGCUCGCGAAGACGACGACACAGUGCGACUCAAGGGUCGUGUUGUGAAACGUUCCAGGCAGACUGUCGAAUCAGAUGCUCUAGAAGCAGAAGCAGAUAUCAACACGUUUCAAACGCCAUUUCCUUCUGCGGAGUACGUCCAUCCGUCAUCGGUUACGCGCCCAUUGGCACCAGAAGAGUUUUCUCCCGUACCAAAUGCCAAACGUAUUCUUUCGCGAACGAGCUCGCGAAAUUUGAAGGAGAAUAGCACAUCCCUUCCCCUUGCCUCGCCUUUCCACAGCCGUCCCUCCUCCCCUCACGCUGACUCCACAAUCAAAUCGAAGCUACGAUCAUCUCGUAUUCCUCUGCAUUUGAAAUCUCGUACACUUUCUGGUGCCUUCCAGAAAACCGAUAGUGCAUAUACUCGCCGCAAACUCUCGCACAAGGACUCCACCAUAUCCCUGAAUGACAGAAAGCUUUCCCGUAAAGACUCUACCAUGUCCCUCAACUAUACCAGGCUCUCCCGCAAGGACUCUACGCUCUCUCUCAAUGAGCCAGCCAGAUAUUCACCUUCAAAGCAUCAACGUCGCCCCUCGAGCCCAGAUCCCUCAUAUAUGCUAUCUCAUAUUGCGCAGCAGGACUGGAUUUCCCCGUCUAAACCACUUACAAUUCGUGCAGGUAUCUGUGAGCCCGAUCCGGAGUCCAUUGUCCGACCCAAUCCGAUCCAAAAUUUGUCUGCAUCACCCUUUCUUGUUGAUCGUGCCCAGUUUUUCUCCACCCCACCGCAUAGCCGCUCUGGCAGCAAGACAGGCCUCCUGGCACCAGAAUCUCCUUCAAAGCUAGCCUUCCUUGCCCCUUCCCCGUGCCUUGCGCGUGACGAGGACUUUGAAAUGGCAGAUCACACCGAGCACCGCAAAAUCCGCAUCUCAGGCAAUAGCAUUAUCUCUUCCUCUGGCUCAUUCACGCUUAGGUCUCACCAAAUCCCUAAUGCACCUGACGUUGGCGAUGAUCACAUUGAUAGUGCUGGCAGUGCACCUAUGUCUAUGUCUCUUGACGAGCUUCCUCAGAAGAUCUCAUUGGGCGAAUACAUGAUUCCUCUGGGAUCUUCUCCUCCCCCCGCUUCGGACUUGGCUAAUUCCGGACCACGGCACACGGUCUCGAUGGGUCAGCAUGCCUUAGCACUUUCUGGCUCAAGCCCCCCGGUCCCCCCGGCCCCGGCCUCUCCAGUUGUCGCAAUACACACCGCGAUAGGCCAACAACUCACAUUUUCACAUGGAUCAAGUUCGCCUGCUCCCGAGUGCCCAGGUUCCGCCGCGAGAAACGCGCGGUAUGUGCACGCUCUCGGUGGCUCCACCUCCCUUCCCGACCGUGAUGCGGUUGACAUCAAUUCCUUCAUGCUUGUGACCUCUGCCAUUUACUUCAAUGUCGUUACCCUUGCACAGAUGACCCUCUCCCAGGCUCCGAUCUUUCAGAUUUGCCUAAUAUUUUGCCCGAUACUGAACCUCUUCGUAUCUACAGAUAGACAUGACAAUGCAGGUGCACACGGUACCCAGUUCCCAAUGCGUACCCGCUCCCUCGAGAGCCCCGCCGGCAUUAGCUCCAAGAAAACAAACGCCACCAAGCAUAAGAGGAACCGCGCCGGGACAAUCCGCGCAUCUGACUUCGCACAGCCCGCUCCCUCUGGCGCUAGUGGCUCCAAACUGACAUCCCUCGCUUCGACCAUCGCUGGGCCUGCUGGUUCCCUCCCUGGCCGCACGCGCUCUGGCACCGUCGUUGGUCCCAACUCGAAACUCGCGAUACGGCCACACUCGAAGGGAGCCAUGAGGAAACAGCCCAUGAUGCAACUGACGCGAUGUGAUGCUCACAGUAGGUCGGAAGAUGACAUGAACAUUCUCAAGGUGAACGAGAACGUGGGCCCGUGGAGCACUGAGGACCUCGACUAUGUUGGUUUGGCGCAAAGGGUGAAAGACAAGAGGGGGAGGAAGAAGUUUGUGCAUGACGACAUUAUGUCGGAUGAUCCGUUGCUUAUCAGUGGUCCGUGGAGGGACGAGGAUUGGUCCUAAGGUGAGCGAGUGUGAUGAAAUUGACGCCACCGUCAUUCACCCUUCCCUUCACUCAGGUGCUGUCAAGCGUAUCCGAAAUGCUGCCGUUAGUUUUCUUGAUGUUUUUGUUGCUGCACCUGUGUGCCCGCCUCAUGGACUUCCUCAGUCUCAAGAUAAUUUGUACAUCACCUGCUUUGCACUCUCAUCAUCAACUCUGCAUGUAACUGUAUGCCAGUAUAUCAUCACGAUAUCACACCUGCCACGAGUCGAUACUACCAGCUCAUGUAUAGCGUAAUUCUCAUGUGCGAUCCUAUCGAAC